AUGGAGAUGGCCACGGCGUACGUGAUUCGGAUCGUGGAGCGUAUCCGCACGUUUGGCGUCGACAUGCCGCUGAUUCUAAGCUCGAUGGCAAUGGACCUCUCGGCAGCCGAUACCACGCGGCUGAUCCGAACCGUCAUCGAUACGCUGCGCUCGCCCAGCACGCAGGCGGACCGCGCAUUCCAUGAGGAGCUCAAGUUUGCGAGUGUGCACAGUCUCGUGGCGCUGUUGAAGUGGAUCCUUGCCCGCGUAGGCUGUGUGGUGGCGGAGCGGACUGAGAACCAGACACUUGUGCUGAAGCAGGAGCGUGGCUUUGUCCCAUGGAUGACGUACACGAGCUGGCGUGCGCAGGAAAGCGCCGAUGGCUUCUCGACACUGUCCUAUGUGGUGCUCGCGAGGCGGCUGGAAAAGCGCGUCGCACGGCUCCUCGACACGGUGAUGGACUUUCUUGCGCUUGUCGCCACGCAUAGUGCGCAGAACCACAUGACGCCCAGCAAGGUCGGCCGCCACUUUGGCGCACUCUUGUUUGGUCUGCCGGAAGAUGCAAGCUUUGCCGAGACGUAUGGCGCGUAUGUGCGAGCAUCGAAUGCGGCGGAGCACAUUCUGCUCGCCUUUAUGCGGUACCACGUGUCGAUGGCCAAGGCAUCGACGUAUCUACCACGGCGCCUUCUUCGUCUGAUCGACGACUACCCAAGGAUGCUGUCGCCCGACCUGGACGCAUCGUCCAGUGCCGUGCAGACUGUGCCAGCGACGUAUGUGGCGCGACACGUUCGUGAGUAUGCACACGACCUCAUUGACCGGGCGUCCUGGCCGUCGGAGCUGCAGGGCUGGGACUUUGCGCAGGAGACGUGCAAGAUGCUCAAUGUAGUGCCGUACCGCUCGCUGCGCCCGCGCUCGUCGCAGUACAGACACGACUCGCCGACAGAGCUCGCGGAUGGAUACGUGUCGACGCUGAUGCAGCGAUGGAAUGAGUUCUCGUUCGAAGGGUUCAAUGACCUCGACACGUCGUUCCUCAAUUUUGACCUUCGGGAAAGCGAUCGACGGCAGCGGAUGAAGCGGCCUGAAAGCAUGCAAUGGUACCAGUUUGAGGAGCGUGGCUUCCACCAGAAUGCCGACGACAACUCGCGCUGGGACUGGGUCAUGCGCCUCGACGAGCCAUCGGAACAGAUGCCAGUGCUUGUGCACGAAGGCGUGCCGCGCAGUGAGUCGCACGUGUUCCAGGGCGAGCAGGUUGAUUUCCCCUGCGACACAGUGCCACACACGGCCGAGACGGUCAUGGACGAGCUAUUCCCGCAGGUCUGGGCAGACUAUCUGAUCGGGAAUGGAUGGAGUCAACGUGAUGAGCGUGUGCAUCGGGAUGCGUCGUUCGUCGUGCUGCAGCUCCAGACAGACACUCGGCCUAGCAGCGGUCGUCCGGCUGACGCCGCCUCGCCGCCGCCGCUGUCUUUGUCCACCAAAUGGUACGUGCUAGAGGAGGUCGUCCCUGCUGCGUACCGCGACACGCUUGACCAACUGGGCCGCACGCGGCGCCACUCUAUGCCGAUGCUUCGCAAGCUGAACCAGUUCCGCAUGGUGCGAGCUGGUCUUGCCCCUGAGUCUACGGUCUCGGUUGUGUAUCGAUUGGGCGCGGACGGAUCAGCAGGCGUGAGCGCUGAUCCCGGUGUGCCUGCGGCAUUCGAAGCGAACAAGACGAGCGUGCCGCACGGCUCGUUGGGUUCCACACCCAGCGAGAGACCCCAAGAUCCAUCGAGCACGGCCGCUCGCACGUCUGCGCCGACUACCGCUACAAACACGCCAUUCACCGAACCUGCGUUCCCUCGCGCAUCAGCGCCGCCUGAUCCGUUGCCAGACCAGCCAGGGAUCCCCAUGGAUGAUCAAGCUGACAUGCCACCACCCGCGCCACCCAAGCCGUGGCGUCGGGAAGGAGCUGCUGCUCCCACGACCGACGCACACGCAGUAGAUCAUCGUGCCGAACAGCACCAGCAGCAUCAGCAUGAUAAGAAUCAGCACGACAAGCGCCAACACGACAAGCGCCCGCACGACAACUUCCAGCGCCCCUCGGCCAAGACUUCAACGUCGCCAGAAGUAGCCACCGCCUCUGGUACGACUGCAGCUACGACACAUCCAAGCCCCGUCCCCGAUGGCGAGCCUGCGCGUGGAAAGCGCUCGAUCCGCAAGAUUCUCUCGUCCAUUGGGUCGCCUCGCCGCAUGCAUGAGAGCCCACGCAUGCCAUGGAGUCCGUUUGCGCGCUCACCACAGCUGGAAAGUAGCGUGCAGGACCAUGGGCCAGCUGUACCCAUGGCUGAUGCCGCUGCCACCACUGACGGUCAUGGUGGUCUUGGCAGUGCUGCACACUCAUCAGGCAAGACGGCGGCUGGGCUUCUGGGCAAUAUCCGGAAGCGGUCAUCACAAUGGAUCCUCAAAAGUAAGCAGAGUCUUCGGUCUGUUCGUGCGCAUUCAAACCAAGAAGACAGAGCGCCGAUUCGAGAGCAUGUCGGACCUACAGGAGCGAUGCAUGGCGACCGCAUUCCGUCGGACGGCGGGGCGCCUACGUCCGAUGCGCCCACACGCGCAGAUGCAUAUCCCGCCAUGGAUCGAAUGCUGCCCCGUGCGCCAGAGAUGAACGAGCAGGACGCGCCGCAUGGGCAACCACAUCCACCGUCGGUCAAGUCCGAGGACCAGGCGGAACUCAGAUCCGGUGUCGCAACGAUCCAAAUGCAUCAUUUGUCACCCGACACGGGAGCGUCACCGCCGACGCAGUCGCCAUCGUCCAUCGUCGAUUGGGACAAGUUCUCUCCGCUUACUGGUGGGGCGUCUUCACGACACAGCACGCCCGUGGUUGGUACAAACGCAUCACCACGUGUGGACCCCCAGGGCCUGUGGCGAGAUGCAGGCGCCAAGCCGCACGGAUCACCCGCUUCACGCCCCGUCUCGAUGAUGAUCCCGCGCAAGCAGACACCGAUCUUGUCUCCCGAGCAGGUAGCGGCCAUCUCGGGCACGUCUUUACCCCGUGAAACACCGCCCAUGGUUCCAAGACGUGACAGUGCAUCGCCCAUGAUGCCACAGCCGGUGGCACAAGAGUCGCGUCCCACAUCGUCAUCGCCAUUGGUGCCUCACGCCGACCAAGACAAACCGACACAUUCCACGGCGUCACGCAUACCGUCAGGUGAACAUGCGCCUGCCGCGCCGGACCUGCCGCACGACGUUUCUGCAGAAAAGAAUGCGGCGCGUGCCGCCGCGUCCUCCAAGCUGUCAAUGCCAUCGCCCCGGCAGCAGCCAGACGGCAAUGUGCCUGUCAUAGCUGACAGGCACACUCUGCAGUCCGGGAUAGAUAGCGCAGCUGCGACGGCCGACGCAUCUCGACCGAUCAAACGAGCCGAUGAAGAGCCUCGUCAUGACCACUCGCCGUUCAUGCGACCAGCAGAAACCACGGCCGCUACGAUGACUGUGCCCCCCCAUGAUCCUGCAAUCCCAACGGACGUCGAAUUGACAAGCACGCCACGACCGGCGCCGCCGCCACUUUCUUCCUCUUCGGCCAACGCGGAGCCACGAGCGAUGCACGAGUCUACGAAGUUGUCACCGCCCAUUGUCGGCGCCGUAUCAUCGCCGCGUGCGUAUGACACUCAGCAACUUGUCACCGUAUCCCACAUCACACCUGUUGCUCACGAGCCGCCUUCCCGGGCAGCCGCGACGACGGCCCCUUCGGCAUGGCCGCCGAUGGCGUCGACAGCAUCCACACUACCGGCUACCAUCCCCCCUUCUGUCGAGUCGCACACAGAUGCCAUGGGCCAAGGGAUACAGUCGCCCGCGUCGCAAGAUGCGCCGUCUGCCACGCCGCUCGCAGUGCCUACGCUUUUACAGAGGUCGCCGCCGUCCACGUCGUCCCCCGACAAUCACAGCCCCGUCGCGCCACCCAUGUCAUGGACAACGCUUCCUCCCUACGUGUUCAACAGCUCGGCGGCUGCGUACUUGUCACCGCCGACGCCCGAGAGUCCCGAUGCUUUUGCUGAUGCAAGUAGCGAAUUCGGCGCACCAUCUAUACAGAGUCCGCUCAUGAGCGGUCCGACCCUGCCUGGGGUCGCUCCGGCCUUGCCGCAAGCAGUGCCGCCAGCAGCCAAGCCACAUGACUACCGACUGAGCUGCAUCACCGAGGUCAGCGAAGACGAUGCAACGCGCUCUUCACACCGCUUCUCGGCCACAUCUCAGCCCAUGGAAAUGGCCUUGCGUGAUGCCAGUAUACAGACGCUCGUGGAAUCUGACGGGCCGACGACGCGCGCUCCUGUCGAAGAAGUGGCCAAAGAGAAUCACGGGCGCCCUUACCAGACCGACACAUAUGGCACUCUUCACCACGGUCCAACGCAACCAACACACCAAGUUGAUGGUGCAGAUGAACUCACACGCCACGAGCAUCCGAAUGUGCACCGGGAUCGUCAUGUCCAUGAAAGCCCUGAUGUGCAGGAAGAUCGUCACGUGUAUGGCGGCCGCGACACGCAUGGCCUGGGUGAACACGAGAGCGCCGGCUUCGACCGAAUCCCCGAGGCCCGUCACAUCAACAAUGUCCACCACACUCAUGAGCUCCAGAAUCACGCGAGCGACGCCGAGAUACCAGCUGCAAUGCCAGAUGCUUCCCCCACCGCGCCGACCGACACACUAUCCAUGGAGCAUGGCAGCAGUGUCUCGUCGGCUCUCGGUCAAACCUACUCUGCGACCAGCUCCGUCGCGGAUUCGGAGCAAGAGCAUGACGCCAAGCGCCGCGCUCGUUGGAGUGGUCUGUAUAUGGAUGCUUUGGAUGUCUUGGAUGCACCGGAUGAAAACGCCUUUGUUCAUGCUCCGACCGAGCCUAGACAGCCUAUUGAUCGCAAGACCGACUUGCCUCAGAGCGUGCCAUAUGCAAUACUCCCAGAUACGGAUGCUGAAGAAAUGGUGGGUAGUGACCCCGAGUUGCAGCGCAUGACGGAUGGAAACACUACGCUCCAUGCCCAGCAGCCUGACCACACCGCAGUUGAGCGUGCAGACACACUAGCUGGCGAACCAGCUGGCCCUACACGGAACCCGUUCCUUCUCCCCCAAGGCACUGAGCCACGAAGCGAGCCUUUUGCGCCAUGGCUCGAGCUUGAGUGGAUGAACAAAAAUACCCAACCACCCACACAUCCGGCAGAGCUGGCUGGCGCCUAUGUACCAUAUCUCAGAGACUCUCUCAAUGCGACAGACUCUCCUGCCGAGGGGCAGAAAGACACUAGGCUGCCUUUGCCUACAAAGGAAGCUUCUCCUCCGCACGCAGUUGCAGAGUCUUCGUCUACUACCAUGCCGCACAAGUCGAGCUUCAGACGUGUGCCCCAGCCCACGACACUGGAGUCCGUGCCCGAUGCCGAGGCGCCAGCUGACAACAGCAUGACUUCUGUCGCCGUCGCGAGUGCCAACGACUACGAUACGCCCGGCACUCACGCUCCCAUGGAUGCGUCCAUGACGAGUCGGACAUUCACAUCACGUGAUAUCGCGCCGGCAGACUCUCAGCCGCCCUCUGUGUGGAUGAAGAAGGCGCCACAGGACAACGACAGGGACUUGCUUAAGACGUCGCAUGCGCAAAUAGACGAAGUGCCAAGUCUUGGCAUUCCGUCGCCGAAAAGCAUGCAUUUGUCCACGGAAGAACCUUCUGAGACGCCAAUGAACUCUACGAUGCCACUUCUCACAGAGCCUGUCUCCACACCCACAGCGUCGUCUGCUCCCGCAACUGCUUCCAAAGUACGAGUCCUAUCAACAUCAGAGCUGCCAGCAGCUGCAGCUGAAAUCGCUCCCGAAGUGUCGACAUCAUCGGUGCAGGCUCAAGUCCAAGCUCAGGCCCAGGCCCAGGCUCAGGCUCAGGCUCAGGUGCCCGCGACAUUAGUGCGCCACAUGAAUAUGGCUCCGUCCGUCACCAGUACCAAUGACAUCGCAAUUUCUGAACUCAACGCCUCGACGACUGAGUCGCUUGCGAAUGAAAACACAGAUGCGACAUCUCCAGUACGACCAAAUUUUGCCCAAGGCGCUGGACCAAGUCAAGCAAGCUCGACUGCUGACAGUGCGCCUGCAUUGACACCGACUGCGCCAGCGGAUACCAGACAAGAUCAACAGGUCGUUGAGAAUUCCUUUCCCAGAUCGAGGUCAUCCAUGACCAAGCUUGCAGGAUUCACUCGCCCGAGUUUCUCAUUUGACAACUUGAUGCAAAAGAGUCAUUCUAGACAAAGCCACCAGAGCUCGGCCAGCUCGCCGAAGCCUGAUAAUGCCUCCACAUCCAAGAAAGCGUUGCCCACAAGUCCAACACCGACUACGGACACACCCACGUCCUCUGCAUGGCCCCAAGCCGACCAGGCCGACACAUCGAGCGAUUCAGACUGGGCUUCGUCGCAGCACGCACGCCAGCCCAUAGUCGUGAGCACCAGCACUAUUCGACGUGUUGAUCCGUCUGUCGAGCCCCCGAGACUAGACUGGCACACCUUCAGCGACGAGACGCACGAGGCUGACACAAGUAUUCCUGGCGAAUUCCCUGUGUCAUAA